AUGUCCAUACUGCCUAAGGGGAAGGGCAAGAAGGACCGAGGCUCCAGCAAGAAUCCCGCGUUCCCCGCCAGCAGCCAGAGCCCAGCUUUGCCUCCCCGAUUGAAAGAGACGAGAAGCCAGGAGUCCGCCGCAGGCUCUAAACUCGUCCUUCGGUGUGAGACCAGCUCUGAAUACUCCUCUCUCAAAUUCAAAUGGUUCAAGAACGGGAAUGAAUUAAACCGAAAGAACAAACCACAAAACAUCAAGAUACCAAAAAAGCCAGGGAAGUCAGAACUUCGCAUUAGCAAGGCAUCACUGGCUGAUUCUGGAGAAUAUAUGUGCAAAGUGACCAGCAAAUUAGGAAAUGACAGUGCCUCUGCCAAUAUCACCAUUGUGAAUUCAAAUGACCUCAUUACUGGCGUGCCAGUCUCCACUGAAAGAGCAUACGUGUCUUCAGAGUCUCCCAUUAGAAUAUCAGUAUCAACAGAAGGAGCAAAUACUUCUUCAUUUAUGUCAACAUCUACAACCGGGACAAGCCAUCUUGUAAAGUGUGCAAAGAAGGAGAAAACUUUCUGUGUGAAUGGAGGCGAGUGCUUCAUGGUGAAAGACCUUUCAAACCCCUCAAGAUACUUGUGCAAGUGCCAACCUGGAUUCACUGGAGCAAGAUGUACUGAGAAUGUGCCCAUGGAAGUCCAAAACCAAGAAAGUGCCCAAAUGAGUUUACUGGUGAUCUCUGCCAAAACUACGUAAUGGCCAGCUUCUACAGUACGUCCACUCCCUUUCUGUCUCUGCCUGAGUAGGAGCAUGCUCAGUCGGUGCCAUUUUCUUGUUGCUACAUCUCCCCUCAGAUCUCACCUAGAACUAGAUGCGUUUUACCAGGUCUAACCUUGACUUGCCUCUGCCUGUUGCAUGAGAACAUUAACACAAGCGAUUGUAUUACUUCCUCUGUUCAUGACUAGUUGGCUCUGAGAUACUAAUAGGUGUGUGAGGCUCUGGAUGCUUCUGAAAUUGAAACUGAAUAAUGUGAUCCAAGACGAUAGUCAUUAUCCCACAGUGCAAUCACAAUAAA